UAUUUUGGGGACUAAUGGGGGCGUAUGGAAGCCUCUUUUUCUACUAGUGUUUUAUCGUGAAGUUAACAGUCUAUUGAAUGUUAACCAUGAAAAUGUAGUCCGGUUUCUUGGCUACUGUGCUUGUACUGAAGAAAAGGCCAUGAGAAUUGAAGGAGUAAGUGAAUAUAUUUAUGCCGAGAUAAGAGAAAGACUGCUAUGUUUUGAGUAUAUUAGCAACGGAAGCCUUCGUGGAUAUAUUACUGACGAGUUAAGCAGACUUGAAUGGAAUACACGUUAUCAGAUAAUAAAACAAAUUUGUCAUGGUUUGCAUUACCUACACAAGGAAAAGACUAUUCUUCACAUGGAUUUGAAACCUGACAAUAUACUUUUGGAUAACAACAUGGUGGCCAAAAUCUCGGACUUUGGAUUAUCAAGACUGGAUGAAAAAUCACAAACAAUGGAUGCAAAACGUUGUGUAACAUUAGGAUAUUGCUCUCCGGAAUAUCUACUUGGUGGUAAGAUGUCAGUCAAAUCUGACAUGUAUAGCUUGGGUGUAAUGAUCAUUGAGCUGGUGACGGGAUAUAAAGAUAUCCCUGACAACAAUAAUGUACUGAGAAGAUGGAGACACAGAUGGAAUAAAUCACAGAAGGAAACACCAUGGUCUUACCAGAUAUUACAAAUAACUAAAUGCAUCGGAAUAGGGCUACAUUGUCAGGAAAGUGACCCAUACAGACGGCCAUUUAUACAGGACAUAAUACAUGAUAUGAACGGAAAUGAAGGUACUUUUGGACAAAACAGCAACGCUGAUGGAUUUUAUGCUGACCAGACAAGGCCUUGUUGGGAUGACGAUAUGCUUGAUAUUGAGCCGCUCAAGCUACAUUUUCAGUUCGAACUUAACAAGGAGAUAUCAUGCCUACUUAAUCUAGACAACAGUACAACUGCUGCCAUUGCCUUCGCUAUACAAUCGGUGAGCCCGAUGCCAUACUGCAUACAACCAAACAAAGGAAUUGUUCUACCACUAUCCAGGUGUGCCAUUGUGAUAACAUUAGAGUCACAAAGUAUGCCACCAAAGGACAUGCAACACCUGGGUGAGUUCGUCGUACAGAGCGCCAAAAUAAUUGAUGGAGUUACACCUGAGGAGAUAACGUCGGACAUGUUCAAUAAAGUGUCUGGUGAAGUGGUUGAUGAGGUGAACGUGGAUGCUAUUUUUGAACUGGCACUACUACUUGAGGAAAGUUAAGUAUGAUGUAUACAAGUGCAACACUUCAAUUUAUGAAUUUCGGUAAACAUGAAUAACUUAUUGUACCAGCUUAAUAUGUUUCAAAGAAACCUUUAUACUGGUCACAAGGAAUGUAAAGUCAUCUUAGAGAGACCUAUAUUUUCCAGUGAUAUUUUAGUUUUCUUAA